GUGACUAGGGAGCGGAAGUACUGCGUCAUUCCAAUAUGGCGUCGUGCUGAGCUUGUAGAUCAUCAACAAAACAGAAAUUCGGUCGGCUGCACAAUUCUCCUGGAGACCCUCCACUGCUAUUCAAAAAUGUCCACACAGGAAGUAAGGUAAAAAAAAUAGCGUCCUGGAACGUCUUGGCAACUCAGCGGAAGCGCAACAGCGUCCAGAAGAAGUUUGAGGACGCCUUCUGACUAGGCGCUGCAUUCUCCAGUGAUGUCAGGGACAGAUGCUUCUGCAGACACCACACCCUUCUUCUCAAAUGAUAAUGAGGGGGAGGGGCCUACUGCCAAUGGGGUGGGAUCACCUCAGCCCGAGGAGGAGGAGUCUGUCAGCGGAGUGUCUGAUAAGAGGGCUAAACUGACUGUGGCUGUACUCUGCUACAUCAACCUGCUGAACUAUAUGGAUCGAUUCACUGUGGCAGGUGUACUCCCAGACAUUGAGCUUUUCUUCAGGAUUGGUGAUGGAACAUCAGGACUACUUCAGACAGUCUUCAUCUGCAGUUACAUGUUCUUGGCUCCUCUGUUUGGAUACCUGGGCGACAGGUAUAACCGGAAGCUGAUCAUGUGUGUGGGAAUUUUUUUCUGGUCCAUAGUGACGUUAGCCAGUUCCUUCAUUGGAAAAGACCAUUUCUGGGCAUUGUUGUUGACGCGUGGGCUGGUGGGUGUUGGGGAGGCCAGUUACUCCACCAUUGCUCCCACCAUCAUCGCUGACCUGUUCGUCAAGGAGAAGAGGACCAAUAUGCUGUCCAUUUUCUACUUUGCAAUCCCAGUGGGCAGUGGUCUGGGUUACAUCGUGGGCUCAAAGGUGGAUGAUGUGGCUGGGGAUUGGCACUGGGCUCUUCGGGUGACCCCUGGUCUGGGGCUGCUGGCCGUGAUCCUCUUGUUGUUUGUAGUUCAGGAGCCAAAGCGGGGUGCGAUCGAAGCUCAUCCAGAGCACACGCUGCACAGAACCAGCUGGCUGGCAGACAUAAAAGCACUCUGCAGGAAUCCCAGUUUUGUUCUGUCCACGUUUGGCUUCACCACUGUGGCCUUUGUGACCGGGUCACUGGCGCUGUGGGCCCCUGCCUUUUUAUUCAGAGCGGGCGUCUUCACCGGAGAGAAGCAGCCGUGUUUAAAAGCCCCCUGUGACAACUCUGACAGUCUGAUUUUUGGCAUCAUCACAGUUGUGACGGGCAUCCUGGGUGUAGCGAGUGGUGUGCAGGUGAGCAAGAAGCUGAGGACCAGGACCCCUCGAGCCGAUCCGCUAGUCUGUGCUGCAGGACUCCUCCUCGCUGCUCCCUUUCUCUAUCUGUCCAUCAUGUUUGCUCAGGCUAGCACUGUGGCCACAUAUGCCUUUAUCUUUCUGGGUGAGACAUUCCUGUCCAUGAAUUGGGCCAUUGUUGCUGACAUCCUUCUGUAUGUUGUGAUCCCCACACGGCGCUCUACAGCGGAAGCCUUUCAGAUUGUCCUCUCACACUUGCUGGGCGACGCUAUUAGCCCUUACCUCAUAGGAGUGGUGUCAGACUCGAUAAAGAAAUCGGACUCGUACAUGUGGGAGUUUCGUUCGCUUCAGAUCUCAAUGCUGCUGUGCUGCUUCGUGGCUGUGGUGGGUGGAGCUUUCUUCCUGGCCACGGCCCUCUUCAUCGAGAAAGACCGGCAUCUGGCAGAGAACUACGUGCCCUCCGAUGACGCACCAAUUGUUGUUCCAAAGAGAGGGGGGUCCACUAAAGUAUUAGUGUGAAGUGUUUUAAUUUGAGAGGACUCAAGGAUGUGGAUUUUUCUCAACACAUCUUCAGCUCCUGGAGCACGAAUCCCUGACUGGACUAGCUCCACAAUAGGGAGUUUUAUAGUAAUUUAUUAUGCUUAUAUUUUUGCUUAUAACCUUAACACCAAUAUUGAUUUGGGAACAUUUUAAACUAAUAAAAAUACCAGAAAGGUCUUACCUGGCACACGGGGAACACGUGAAGAAAAGGUUAUAUGUGGAGGACAUUUCUUUGAUUAUAUUUGACAUGUGGUUAUUGGAGGGGAUAUCAAGUGAUUUUUCAGGUUCUUAAGUCCGUUAACUAAAACCAAGUUACUUUCAAAAUGGCGUUUGAUCAAACCUGGACUGUGACUGAAAGCUAGCAGGAUCAGACGGAGCUUGAGCAGCAGCGAAGAAGGAGUCUUUCCUUCGGUUUUAAUGGUUUUUUUUUUUGGUCUAUGCUAACAUUUCAGCUUUUAGUCUUUUAAGAAGUACAUUGAAACACUAAUGCUUCCAUGGCUUGAAUCAUGUAUUAAUUCAUUUGAUUAUAUAUAUAUAUAUAUAUAUUUUUAAAUAACGUCGUUAUAUAUAUUUGUUGCAAGGGCCUGCUUCAUGGCAUGUUUUACUGUGCCAUUUUUACUGUAACUUGUUUUUAGAGGAAAGCAGUUUGUUGUGCAUUCCCUCUGCUGUUGUUGUUUUCUAGGCAAUUCAUUAAUUUGCUAAAUUUCUUGUUUUGUAACACUUUUUUUUUUUACAUUAAAUGAGGAAUUUAAUCUUA